CAUCUCAUUAACGACUACWGCGGWGAGUAUAAUCAGCAAACCUCAUGAAAACUCGACCUGUCUCACMUCUGUAUGGCUCAUCACUGCUCCUCCUGGACACUUMGCCACUGUCACAAUUAGCAAUUUAAGAUUCACUGGUAAACCUUGUAAUGUUGAAAGUCUUCAGAUUUUUGAUGGACUAUCGUCUUCCGACAAACGAGUCAAUAAUUUCCAUACAAACAAGAGUGGUGAAGUAAUUUGGUUGACUGGUGUGAGCGGACGGUUGGAACUAAAGCAAGGAAUUGGGACWUUCAGUACAGGCCCUGUACUUGAGAUGGAUGUAAAAGCUCUGGAAAAGCCAAAAGCCUGUAACAAUGGUUCAAUUUUGAAUCUGAAAGCAUCUWCUGAGAUCACCAAUUUUACAAGCCCAUAUUACCCUAUGUUCUACCCCAUGUUCUGUCGGUGGCUUAUCGAGGCUCCACAAGGGAAAUAUGUCAAACUGACAUUUACGAAGAUUGAAAUUCAUCGGUGCAAUCAAGAAACUUUACAUGUCUACGAUGGUGACACUCAAACACCAGAAGAUCUUAUAAAGCAAUGUCGUUACUAUAGCAUCAGCGGACGAAUGCUACUUCUGGAAAAUGAACCUAUUUUUUCAUAUGGACGAAAGUUAYUGGUUGAUUUUAAAGCGAAUAUUAAUAAAUACUCAAUUUUCAAAGGUUUUACUGGUUUUUACACUGCUGUGGAGGGAGGUAAACACUGUAGUCCUGGUAAUGCAAAUAACGUCAACUUYCCACCAGCGAGUGGUAAUAUYACCAGUCCAGGAUUCCCAGUAUCUCUCCCAUCAGAUGAUAAGUCCUUAAAAUGUYUAUGGCGACUUAGAGCACCCAAAGGAMAAGUGAUCAAAGUCGACCUUGAUUCUGUUGCRCUMUCUGUUUCUCAUUCAAUUAAUYWUUGCUMUUUGGACUUUUACACAAACAUUGGACCAGAAGUUUACAAAAUUGGAAAUUACAAGUGUUCAGAUAAGAACUAUGUGUUGCAAUCGCUUGUGUCAGAUGGUCGACGAAUGGAAAUUCAAUAUUCACAAGYACUAUUGUACUCAUCAGUAAAAGGCGGAUUCCAUCUUCGGUACUCCAUGGUUUCAAUGUCAAAAAAUGGAAGCUGUAAAGCCAAUAGCGAGGGAACAAUUGAUGUCCAAGGGGAUGCUGGGGCAAUCCACAGUCCAAAUUAUCCAAGAUACCAUCCUACUAACAUGACAUGUCGCUGGAAAAUCCUUGUAAGUCCUGGCAAUGUCAUYGAAUUGACUGCAAACAUUAACCAAAUUAACGGUAACUGCAGCAUACAGUGGAUUCGUGUCUAUAAUGGACAUGACACUUCUAGUUCUGAACUGGUUAAACUUUGUAAUAUAACUACUAGCCUUCAUACUUUCUUCUCUUCAUCCAAUCGUAUCGUAGUUGAGUUUGUAACAAAAGGAAAUACAAAAUAUAAAGGAUUUUACAUCACCUAUGCCGCAAGAAAGGCAAAACCCAAGUCUUAUGCUUGCUCAAAAUCACGAGACAUUAAUGCUUCAAGUGGACAAAUUGCAAGUCAAAGGUUCCCUCUUUGCUACUCUAACAAUGUUUUCUGCCGAGAAACAAUUGUACUACCAAAACUCGAUUACCGUGUGAAUUUGACUUUCACAUCACUGGAUAUCGAGCCUGAUGGUGACAAAUGUGAAAAAGACUAUGUCGAAAUAAAAUCACUUGGCAAAACACUGGCAAGGCUUUGUGGAAAAAAGACAACUCCAUUUUCUAUCAUUUCAAAAAAUAAUGAAAUGGAAAUUACUUUCAGAACUGAUGCUGUAGGGAGAUACCCAGGAUACGAGGCAACAUUUACCAGUUUACAAGAUUGCAAGGGCAAUAUCUCAAUGACAAUUCCAAGUGGAACCAUUUUUACUCCGCGUUACCCAGACGGCUACCCACCAAACAUCACAUGUACAUGGACGCUUGAACCUCCUAAAGCUAAUUUCAUUCGUCUAAGCAUUGAUAAACUUCAGAUGAAAAACUGCAGUUACACGUCUCUCGAGAUCCGAGAUAUUCAAGCAAACCAGCUUAUCGCCCGUCUUUGUGGACGCUCUGAGAGACCGCACRUUUACUUUUCGUCGUCUGGAUCUGGUCUGAUGAUCCAAUUUGUUUCAUCAGACUCCGCGACUACUGGUGGCUUUACUGCUCAUUACGAAACAAUUUCRCAGUUACCUCAAUCUAUCUCGUGCGGGGAGACUUCUCUCAACCGUAAGCUAAAAGGGUCUUCCUCGGGCUCAAUUGCAAGCUACGAGUAUCCUCUCAAAUAUCAAAACAAUGUCGAGUGUACCUGGGUGAUUUCGACUUCAGGAAGUCACAUAUUCAACAUCAAGUUUGAUUUCAUGGACAUUGAGCCCAGCCCUGGUUGUAAAGAUGACUAUGUUCAAGUUAGAGAUGGUGAMUMCAGMWUUAGYRAAUCCUURGGAAAGUUCUGUGGCUCMACAAAACCAGAUUCAUUCRAGUCGAGUGAAAGUUCAAUAUUCGUGGAAUUYAWAACCAAUGGSRCUGGACAAUAUGGUGGUUUUAAACUAUCUUACGAAGAMACUWUGUCAGGCGUGUACAUCGCCGCGAUUGUGGGGUCUACUKUACUGGUUGUUUUGAUUCUUACGACUAUAAUUUUCAAGUAUAAAAAGAACACGAUCUUUGCCUCAACCAAUGCUGUCCCAGCUCCUCCAGAAGGUGCCGCUUCAACGGCAGGCUCGACAAUCGAACUCACCGCAAAAACGUAG